ACAAUUGAAAUGCGGGAUGGCCGCCUCAUACUAAACCUUUCAAGGUCAUCGGAAUGAAACGGCGGUCGACUUUGAGUGAGCCUGGCUUUAUCACUCUCCCCUUAACCUCCGAGUAAUGGCUCACCCCAUUGUUGACGAAAGUCUCGGGAAAGACUACUCAAAAGAGCUGUUGUUACAAAAGCAUUUGAAGUUCUUAGUCAGGUGCAAAAGCGAAAGUGACAGUACUUUGGACUAUUGCAGAAUGUCUGGAAUCUAUUGGGUUCUUACUGCUCUUGACUUACUCGAUGCGCUGUCAGAAGUGGAUGGGAAUGAAGUAGUUGACUUUGUAUUAAGUUGCCAAAAAACGUGUGGCGGAUUCGCUCCGUGCCCCAAACAUGAUGCACAUCUGCUUUCAACUUUAAGCGCUAUCCAAAUACUUGCAAUUUAUGACUGCUUAAACAAGGUGAAUGUUGAGGCCGUGUGUGUAUUUGUUUCCAAAUUACAGCAACCAGAUGGAAGUUUCGCUGGAGAUAUUUGGGGGGAAAUUGAUACUCGUUUUUCAUUUUGUGCCGUCGCUACACUGCAUAUACUUGGAAUGCUUUCCAAAAAUACUAUUGACAUUGAAGCUUGUGCUUCAUACCUUGAAAAGUGUCAAAAUUUGGAUGGGUGUUUCGGAACUCGACCUGGAAGUGAAUCUCAUGCUGGCCAAGCAUAUUGUGUCGUGGGAGCUCUGGCUAUACUUCGUCAACUACAUCGAUUAAAUAUAGAUCGUGCUGCUUGGUGGCUAGCUGAGCGUCAGCUUCCUAGUGGAGGUUUAAAUGGAAGACCGGAAAAACAUCCUGACGUGUGCUAUUCAUGGUGGACUGUAGCUACUCUUACUAUAUUUGGUCGUUUGACAUGGAUUAACCAGACUGACCUUACUCGGUUCAUUUUGGCUUCUCAAGAUGACCAAACUGGCGGUAUAGCAGAUAAACCUGGAAAUAUUCCUGACCCAUUCCACACUUUAUUUGGUCUUGCUGGUCUCUCUUUAUUAGCCCAAGUAGAUUCAUAUUUUUCCUCACCAAGGAAAAUGGAAAAUGGACUAAGUGGUGUAGAAGAUCCAGCCCUUAUCGCUUUACAAAUGGCUAGAAAUAAGUUGAAGACUAUUAAUCCAGUAUUAUGUAUGCCCCAAUACAUAAUAGAUCGAUUGCAGCUCAAAUUUCAACUACUGUAAAUAUUUUCUACCUACUGUAGACUUAUGUUGCAUUCUAAGUUUUUUCCACUGGCUCUAAACAUUUUAUCCUACUACGUGGAGCUUAUAAUCGUUGCUCUUAACAGAAUUGUGGUUCAAGUGUACUUAUCAAAACGUUCCGGAAUCAGUACUUUAGUACAUUGUAAUGCAUACUUCUGACAUCUUCAACAUCACUUUGUUUGUGGUCUUUCGUUAUUUGUACAGUCCCGGUGAUGUUCUUUUAAAACAUACUUCUUACUUGUAAUAAAAUUUUC